GCGUCUAUUUGUUAAAUGUUCAAAAUAAAUAACAUGAACGGGCAUACAGCAACAAAAGCAAACAUAUUAUGUGUAACAAGCGAACAGGUGGAUCUCCUCAGCAGCAAAUGGGCGCAAAUGUUUGACGCCAAUUACAGCCAGGAGCUGAUGCUGAGACUGGAGGAAAGAGUGGAAAAUUUUUUCAAGGAUUUGUCAGAAGAGUCCGACGAGAAGCUGCACUUACUUAAUGAGGACAUAAUUGAUUUGCAGAGAGAGGCAGCAUAUGUUGGACGUCUGCUGCAUAAGAGUAUAGAUGUGGGCGAGCGUCCACAUGACAUGCCUUUACGGGUGUGGCAGCAAAAACUGGACGAGAGUAUUGAAGAGCUACGUGAGGAAUUGCAUUUGCGUCGCAUGGAGAUAUGCGAGCUGUUACAGGAACAAAAGGUUCUGUGUGAUGAGCUUGGCCAAACGCCACUUACUUUGCUGGAGGAUCCGUUACCCGAUCCGCAGGAGAUGACCGCUUUUCGUAUAAAUCUGGAGCGUCUACAGGUUGAACAUAAGUGCCGCAUGGAAAGGCUGUUCCAACUGCGUACUGAAAUUAAGCGAGAUAUGAAGCAGCUAGAGUUGACGCCACAAACAGUCGAGGAGGAGCUAUUGCUUAACCAGGCCAAUCCGAACUUGUCGCCUUUAAAACUGAAAAAACUGUCACUAUUGCACAGUGAUUACGCUGAUCGUGUCACCGAGCUCUGUGAACGCAUUGAUGGCAUGCGCCAGCAGAUUAAGGUGCUCUGGCAGCGCCUGCCUCAGUCUGACGAGGCUAUUAAACGGCGUGUGCUUGAUGCUGAAGCUUAUACACAGCAUACUUACAAUAUACUUGAUGAAGAGCUGCAGCGCUGUAGGCAGCUGCGUCGACAGAAGCUUAAAACGUAUAUCGAACAGCUGCGUGUGGAGAUUAGGCACUGGUGGGAUUUGAACCUAAAGUCGGAGCAGGAGCGUAAACGUUUUGUAAAUAUGCACAAUGAGCUUUACAAUGAGGAUUUGUUGGAGCUACAUGAGCUCGAACUGGAGGAUCUUAAGAGUAACUAUAACGUCAAUAAACAAAUCUUCGAGCUUUAUGCAGAGCGCUUAGAGUUGUGGAAGCGUAUGCAAAGCAUGACGGAAAAAUCUAAUGAUCCCAAUCGUUUUACUAAUCGUGGCGGCAAACUGCUGAGGGAGGAGCGGGAACGCAAGGCCUUGGCCAGCAAACUGCCCAAGAUCGAGCAGCAGAUCACGCAGCUAGUUGCAGACUAUGAGAAACGAUAUAUUUCCAAAUUUCUGGUGGACGGUGAGAACAUACUGGAAGCAAUGGCUAAGGAUUGGGAAAAGCUUCGUCAGGCGAAGCAGCAGCAGAGUUCGGCUCGUAAACAGGCGGUCAAACUGAUGCCACUACGCACGCCCUUAAAGAAUACAUCAUCAACAGUGAACUUGCAUAAAACUCCGUCCAAUCGAAAGCAUGAAUUGGUUUCCAAAACGACUGGCAAUUUGAAUAAAAGAAAGCUGCCUAAUGCUGUUCAAACUGAGAAGGCUCACACACCCAACGUCAAACGUAAUCUAAUCAAAACACUGAACACCAUGAAUGUCCGAAAGCCGCCGCUAAAGCGUGUCUAUGUGCUGGACCACAUUGUGCGUCGAAGCUCAGGCCUAGGUAGACGUAGUCUUGGCAGAAAAUCGUUAGAGAAGUCGCGGAAGCCGACUCCAAGAUAUGGGUAUGAAACGGAUAGUGCCACAGAGUUAGAUGACGAAAAUGUUGCCUAUAAAACAUUCCAGCAGUCCAUUGACUCUACAUCACGCUCGUCAGUGCUUAUGCCUUAAAAGCAUUUGCGGAUCAAAUCAAACGGCCUUAACUUGAACUUAAAAAGUAUUA